ACUUCCGUUAUAAACAUCAGCCUCCGUAGUGUGAAGACCAAAGGGGGAGAUAAUGUGGUUCAAGACAUUCAUUCAUGUGGUUUUGUGCGGUUGUAACCCACUGAGAGGAAGUGACAUUAGCUAAAAAGGUGUUCGACUUUAUAAUGGCGCACUUGUAAUACGGUUAGUUUGGCAGAAACCUGCAGCUGCCUGUGUCUUAAUCUGACGAGAGGGAAUCAGCGAGCCUCUCUCCCAAAAUGAGCCGGGACACUCCCAUCCACAGCUGGUCUGGCUCCUACUACAUCAACAGCGAGAAGCGAUGGGAAAAUGGCACCCUGUCCCUCACCAGAACCACCGUCCGCUUUGUCUCCAAUCAGACGAAGCAAAGCCUCGUCGGCUUCCGCCUCUCCCGCAUCGUGGAGAUCAAGAUGGAGUCGUCCAGUAUCAUCUUCGGUACUCUCACGGUGCUGGAGGAGGGCAACGUGAAACACUGGUUUGGUUCCCUGAAGCCCAACAGGGUGGUGGUUUUUAAUGUGAUGGAACAUUUCUGGAGAGAACGCCUCCUGCAGCCGAGCUCAGGGGCCCGCGGGGCUGAGUCUCAGCCCUCUAAAGGCAGAGAGCUGAUCGGCCUGGUGGCAGGGGCCCAGAGAAGACUGGAGGACACUGGCAGAGUCCUGAGCCACCAGGGUGAGCAGUUUGAUAACAUGAUGCAGGGGCUGGAGAAGAUCGACUCUGACCUGGGCGUGGCUGAUAAACUUCUGUCAGAGCUGGAGUCUCCCCCCUGGUGGCCUUUUGGUAAACUCCCCUGGAAGACUCAGCAGGAAGCCAAGGCUGAGGACGCAGCGAGAGCUGCAGCGUCUGCUGCUGCAUCAGCCAGCAAGGAGUCUGGUAGAAAUAAGGUGAUCUCAAGCAUCCCGGCUGUAGUGUCCAAAGGGGGAGACUCAGACUUGAAACCAGGCUGCUUGUUGGUGCUUGUGUCCUCAUUGGAGGUGCGAGACACAAACUGCCAGCUCAUCCAUCGCUUUGAACGAAAUGAAAUAGAUGAAAUCAGGGUGAAGAGCCCUUAUGAGAUCACAGUGAGACAGCGGUUUAUCGGGAAGCCAGAUAUAUGCUACAGGUUCCUGUCUGCCAAGAUGCUUGAAGCAUUGUCGGUGCUAGAGAUUCAGUACAAGAAGAAGAUUGAGUUCACAAGCGAAUACACUGCUUUCAAGGCAACUCCACUCUCAUCUCCAUGUGACCGAGAAGGGACAAACUAUAGUGAAGGUUUGUUGCAGAUGUGCCAAGACACAGAGCUCCCGCUGGAGGUCCCGGCAGGAGAGCUGUCCCAGUUGCAGGUGCAUGUCCUCCAUCCAUCUGUCAGUCAGGCUGAGGCCCAAGAACUCAAACAGAUGCUGAUGCAGCUGAAAAACCUUGCCCUGGAGGCAGAGACGGAGCUGGAACGGCAGGAUGAAGCUCUGGACGUCCUCACCAGCUCCACAGACCGAGCCACCAUGAACAUAGAGAAGCACACUUGUCGUAUGAAAAGACUGCUGUAGAUCUGAAAGCCCAGCUGAUGCACGUGGUCACGACGUCCCUCCUGAGAAAUGCACUGUAAGCUUCCUCAUUGUUCUCAUGGGAUUGGUACAUUUAGAGAACACCACAGAAGAGCAGGGACAUGAACAUGCUUUAAAAUAGUUCAUCAUAUCUUUGUUGCAUUUGAUGGUACAAUUGCAGGGUGUAGUAGUGUUUGCUCAACACUAACGGUAAUCAACCAGAUCCCCGAAAAUUUGCACAACACUAAUUAUGACUUUAAAUCACACGUAAGUAUCUCUUCAGGUUUUUUUUUUUCUUGAAGAGAAAGUAAGUUAUUUACAGGCUUUGUGGGCUCGUACAUUUGUAUCAUAUGUCUAUUAGUGAUCUGCCCUUUAACUGUGCGUCCUGCAGCACUUAGCAGCUGUGGACAGGAUUGUUCCUCAUCAUCUCUUGGUUUAUUUUCUCUGGAGAGUAAGAUUUGCUCUGAAGUUGACCAGCAGUUAUUGGUGUUUAAUGAAAACGGUCACUUGCUCACCAGAAGAGAAAUAAGUACUAUGUUCAGUCAGUAAUUGUGUCAAUGGCCUGGUUCAGUGUAUUGAACCCCACUAAUUGUUUGUGAUGGGAAGCCAGUGAGGGAUGGUGGCAGGACAAGUCUGAAUCCUCAGUGCCUGUCAUGCUCCCCCAGUGGACCUGGCGAGUGAAAGAAAAAUAAGCUGUUGACUGUGUAUCAGACACACAACACAAAUAUAGCGAAGGACAAAAUUGACAUUUGAAAGCGAAGAAGGAAAUAACCUGCUAAUUUAUUCUCUCUGCACAAAGUAAUUCAAAAGAAAUUGCAUGUUUAUGUAACUAUAAGACAAACACGAGAGAGACAGAAACAUGAUUAAAUAGGAUUUUUUAAUGAAAUAAAAAGGACAAAUUCUAAUCGCACAGAUAAUGUUUGCUCAUAUCAUCAGAAGCGUUUCUGCUUCUCUGUUGUACUGCUAUCCUUACUUAUUUUUAAGGUGCAUUUCUGUCCUGAGGAGUUGUCUUUCAGGUCCAGAAUCCCUGUGACUUAAUGUUGCAUGUCUGAGUAUUGCUGCUGUGUUCUGCAUUAAGUGGAAAUGUCUCUUCAUUAUCACAAGACUGUAAAUGUGCAAGUAACUUCUGGGAUCCGUGGAAGCAGAACAGAAACACUCCCCCUCUCUGUUUCUACAAUAUUAUUAAAUAUAAACUAUAAUAUUAAAUACUCCCAUCAAUGCUAAGGUCCAUAUCUACUGUUUAUGCCUUGCUUAAGCCUGAUAAUAUUCUAAGUCCUUAUUAUCUGUUAAUAACUGACAUUGUAAUUCUGUAAUUUUGCUGUGGUCUGUUAUCACUGUGAACUUGUAACUAGCUCUUAGUUUAAAUCGAAGUAUCUGUACCAUGUUUGAAAAAUGGUAUCGGUGCUGUAUGGAUGCAUAUUCAUGCUGAUGAUGCCAAAUUAAUCUCAACACUGUAACACAACUAAAUUAUUGACAAUAAGGGAAAAAAGGACACUUGCAUCUUUUUUGUUACCAAGAAAAGACUAGACGAAGCAGCACAGUAGACACUAAGUCUAUGGAAUAUAUUCAUUUCAUCAGCCAAGAUGUUGUCACCAUUUAAAGUCUGUAAUAACAAACCUUUUAAAAUAAAA